UGCAUGCAGCGCCACUAACUAUCACGAAAUUUCUGAACAGAGAUGGUACCGGCUAAAGGCAAUAAGUAAAAGAAUGGAGGAUCAUCUCUAAAGCUAAAGCAUACAAUAUGAUGUCUAAUAUCCUUAAGGUCUUUAACCCUCCAACUGGUGAAGACUUAGGAGGAAGUAGAUCCAAUCUGGCAAUACCUACGGAUGAAGAUUGCUUGCCAUGUACUGCCAUUCAAUCAAUAGUUGCAUUAGGUGGGGGUGUAUACUUUUCAUCACAAUUACCAUUUAGAGAUAAUGUUACAGGGAAGAUAGACUUGAUAAAGCAUCCAUUGUGGUGGCAGAAAUCCGUGCGCGGAUUCGGUAUCUUAGUUUUUGGGUUAGGUGCUUAUAGAGCUGGAGAGGUGAUUCAAAUUCUCUGGAGAAGAAAAUUCGAUUAGCUUAAUCUAUGUUCUUCACAACUUUCAAGACCAUCUGCAAUAGAUGGCUCAUAUUUAACUUAUGAAUCGGUAUAUAGAAGAUGAUAAACUUUGUUUUCGUGGUUAGAAUUAAAAUUGUACAUAGU